CGCUCCGAGGCCUACAUCUCUGUUCAUUGACUAGGCUACUGUGCACCGGCGGUGUGGUAUGAGCAGGCUCGACGCCCGAAUCAGAUAAGUGCAGAGACGAGCGCGUAGGCGCCCAGUAGCCGUACGAUUCGAGAUUUCAGACAUGGUGCAAUGGCCUGAGGCCCGUACAAAAGCCAUGCCUGCUCCUCGCCGUCUCCCCCCAUCCCCGCAUCUGCCAUGGCCGUCUACCAAGCGACUGCGUCUGCCCCCGUGAACAUUGCGUGCAUCAAGUACUGGGGCAAGCGGGACACGAAGCUCAUCCUUCCGACGAACUCGUCCCUCUCGGUUACGCUUGACCAGGACCACCUACGCUCGACGACGACCUCGAGGCGGACCCUGCAGCUCUCGACGUACGCCGUCCACAUCUCCUCGCGAAACAACUUCCCUACCGCGGCAGGCCUCGCUUCCUCAGCCUCGGGCUUUGCAGCACUCGUCUCCUCGCUCGCUGCUCUCUACCAACUCCCCGCCUCCCCCUCUGAACUCUCCCUCAUCGCGCGCCAGGGCUCCGGCUCUGCCUGUCGUUCGCUCUUCGGCGGUUCCAUCCACGCCCUCAUCUGCGUCGUCUCAGACGAUAAGAAGGGCACGUCGUCCACCUCGGGCAUGCAGCGCACGGUGGAGACCUCGGCGCUGCUCCAGCACCGCAUCAAGCACGUCGUGCCCGCGCGCAUGAAGGCGAUCAGCGAGGCGAUCCUCGCGCGCGACUUCGACGCGUUCGCGCGGAUCACGAUGCAGGACUCGAACCAGUUCCACGCCGUCGCGCUCGACACGGACCCGCCGAUCUUCUACAUGAACGACGUCUCGCGCGCGAUCAUCGCGCUCGUCGUCGAGUACAACCGCGUCGCCGUCGCGGCCGGCGGGAAGCUCAAGGCGGCGUACACGUACGACGCGGGCCCGAACGCGGUCAUCUACGCGCCGAAGGAGAACCUGAAGGAGAUCGUCGAGUUGAUCGUGAACUACUUCCCCCAGGCGGAGUCGUUCAAGGACCCCUUCGGGCUGUUCGACUUCAACGCUGCAGUGGCGAAGCCUUUCGGCGUGGGCGCUGUGAAGAACCUGAUCCACACGAGGGUCGGCGACGGCCCCAG